AUGGGCCCGUCCCACGCGGGCUCCUUCUUCCAGGCAGGCCGUCCAAGGGAGGCCCCAGAGGCCCGGCGGCCAGGCAGCGCCCGAGCUCGGCGCGCUCGGGAUGGAUGUGGGCCGGCAAACGUGGAAGUCCGCGGAGGGGUCACGGGGAGGCUCCGGCGGCUUCGUUCCCGGACAAACCGGGAGGCCUCCCGGGGAAACCGGGAGAUCGCCCGCCGGGGCCGGGAGGUGGGGGGCAGGUGCGCUCUCAAUGAUCUGGUGGUUCUGUACGCUGCAGCCGAGUUGCAUUUUCCACAGCGGGUGCAAAGGAGCUCGGGAGUUGCUAUUUACAGCCUGGGGGAACGUCCAUAUGUAGAUGGUUCUCUGCAGGUCGUCCUGACCUGGACGGCUCAGACCUCUCUUGGCCAGUACCCGUGCCAUCCGCAGACCAUGCCCGCCUGCCUGAAGGAAGAAUACUGGGACAGGCUCUUGUAUGAAUGCAUACCUUGCACGCUGGUGUGUCAGACAUCGAAGUUCAAGAGUUGUACUGAGGUCUGCAAGUCGAUGGAGUGCAGCAAGCGCCUGGGUUUCUACUAUGACAAGCUUAUCAGAACGUGCAUCAACUGCACCACCAUCUGCGGACAGCAUCCCUGGGAAUGCCGGCAUUUCUGCAACAGUAACCCUGCAACCUUACCCGCACCGGCUGCUCUGGCGUGGAAGCUGGACAGUGCGUAUGACCAGCGGCUGGUGGUCUACCUGGUGCUGGGAAUUUGUCUCUGCACUCUGCUGUUCUCCUUGCUGCUGACCUGGAUUUACUUUAGGAAGUGGGGGGAAGAGGUGACCUGCCACGCUGGCACCAUCGCUUGUCACAAAAAGGGGGAUGGCCCCAAAGAAUGCCUAAUGGAAGCAGGAAGUGUGGCAAGUGGAUCCAGCGGCAGCCAGACCCCGGAGCCUGUCGAAACCUGCGGCUUCUGCUUUCCUGAACAAAGCCCUGCCGUGCAGGAGUCCACAGCCUGCCACAGAACUUACCAGCUCGGAGCCCAGGAGGAUACUGCUGCCAGUGCUGGAAUGUCAAGUCCGGGGAUUGUGGGAACUAUCCCUACCCCUGAGGACGGCCACUUCCAGAUUAUAUGCUCUCCCUCACAAGAGAAGAUGCAGAUGACUUGAGGGGAACAAGAUCUGUAACCUGCAGAUCUUCUCUCUCCCCCCCCAAAUAUCUCAAACCACACUCCCAACAAAGCUGCUUGACUGUUUCAGAUCUCUGCCCUGCAGUUUCUCCACCUGUGUCUCACUUUAAGAACCAGAUUACACAAAUCAUCAGGAACCAGUGACAGAAAGAAGUGAU